ACGAAGUACAAGUGGUUUACUCUGGCGGGCGAUCCGCUCAACCAGCUCCCAGUGGCCUGGCUGCGCUGCACUGUUUACUAGCUAUCUCCAGCAGGCCGAUUACCCAUGGCCGUGCCAGCGCCUUGACUCGCGCAUGCACGUUUCUCAGAAGUAUCAUUCAAAACACAAACAGUGGAACACGAACUAUCAGAGAAUACCAGAUUAGGUUUUGGAUCAUGCUCGUGUCUUUCCUCAGCAAAGUGAUAAAAUGUGCUUCCAUUGGCCGAGAUGAUGACCUUCGACAGCCACUUUCGUAAAUGAAGCUAGAGUCUAAGCAUCGAAAGAAUGGAAGGCAUGAAAGAUAAAGACAGAGAUGAAGGCACCUCCGAUCAUCAUAUCCCUGUGGUCCAACACAAAUCAACUCCAUCAGUACCUUCAGCAGACAGUGGGAAAGGAUCUAAUGUUACAACUGUCACAAAGAGAAGGAAGAUGAUUCAAAUGAAUGAUGCACAAUGCCUCAGUCACUCAAUGACUUCAGAAGGGGCAAUGCCACUCACUAAUCCCAAACCUCAGGGACUGUCAAAGUCACGGACUUGGGAUGCAAACAGAGGACUUUAUCCAAGACAAAAUACCUCUAGAAGACAUUGGAGUCCUAAUAAAGGAACCACUGUACGUGGUCAAGGACAUUCAGCUUUACUAGGAUCGCCCAAGAAGCAAGGAAGAAUGGAUACAUAUUUCCCGAUAUCUCCUAAGAAGUCGCCAAACAGUGAUGUGGCAUAUCACAAGGAUUGUUCACAGACUGGUCAAAUUCACACAUAUUCUCAAUCCUGUAAUAGACAGAAUGGUCAAGGACAUUCAGCUUUAUUAGGAUCACCAAAGAGGCAAGGAAGAAUGGAUACAUAUUUCCAGAUAUCUCCUAAGAAGUCACCAAAGAAGUCACCAAACAGCGACGUGGCAUGUCACAAGGAUUAUUCACAAACUGAUCCAAAUCACACAUAUUCUCAAUCCUUUAAUAGACAGAAUGAACCCUCAACUAGUAGCUUGAGAAGUCCACGAAAGUAUACUCAAGCUACCUUUGGAACACCACCUGCGAAUGGGAAUGACCAUACCUGUCCUCAAGAAAUCUACUUCCCAAAACCUGAGGGCAGUAUAAAGAGGACUCCUAAGAAAUCAUCCAGUACUCAAAUGCAGUGUAUGGAAACUUCUACUGUGUCCAAUGCUGGUAGCUCAGGCAUGGGUCUAGCUUUGACCUUGAUCAAAGAUGAUAAACCCAGUUCAAUCGCUGCUCGUGCUCCGGUUAAAGCUCUGUUUCCAACAAAACGUCCAUCUACCAGUAGAUAUUCUACAGAUCUUGUCAGAGCUUUUGAAGAAGAUGAUGUCCUCAUAACGACUGAAAUGUUUGAUCAUGCUACGGGAAAUAAUGAGCAAGAUAAGCAGACUUCAAGAGACAAACCAGGAUGUUCCUCAAGUCUUGAUAAAGAGUUUGAGGACGAUGACUUCUUUACUGCUGAGGACUUUGAUGAAGUCUUGCAGUCAUCCCAAGGGUGUGUCCAUACUAAAGAAAACCACCCAGAGACUACCCGUAGAGACUUUGAGAAGGCAUUUGAAGAGGAAGAUCUGACAGCGGAGGAGUUUGAUGAUAUUCUGCAGUCAUCACAGAGCCCCGUCAAAAAUGGACCGUUUAAGUCUUCCCCAAGGAAGACUACCUAUGGUCUCCUCGGGGAUGAUGACCACUCAUUUUUUGAUGAUGUCGAGGAUGACGUGGACUAUUUCGGCCGUCUUCCUGAUGAGAUUCUGGAGAACAUCCUUGGCCAGUUACCCAUUCUGGAUAUGUGCCUUACAGCAUCCAGCGUUUGUAAGAGAUGGCAUAGCAUCAUAUCUAGGGAAUUGUUCACUCCAUGGAAGAAGAGAUACCACCAAAUGAAGAAGGUCCAGAACGAUGAUGACAUCCAAGAUAUCUUUGUUUUGAUCUCAGAUGGCAGUAGGAUGGAGAAAAGAGCUUGUCUUAUGCAACUAAUUGGGUACAUGAUGAAGCUACGAGUGUCAGAAACUAAGUCAGCCAUAGAUUAUCUGAAGGGUCACCCCAGGUUCAGUGAAGCUGUAGAAGUCAUGAAGGCGAGGACACCACAUGUCUUUGAAAAUCAGGACCCUCACCCUUGGUCUACUGUUGCAACCCUUGUGAUAUUGUCACAGUCGGCACAAGAAGUAUGUCGUAUCGUGGACUGUCUCCUGCUAAGGAAGGACCCCAUACCCAGGGUAGAAGUAUCAGAGUGCCUCUACUGUCUGGCUUCAGCAUUCUUUCUCUUCCAGAAGAAAUUCAAGAUAAACAGAGGGCUCCACUACAGGAUAUUCCAUGCCUUACAUAUCCUGGAGAGUAACGACGAGAAGAUGUCAGACCCUGCCAGAAGAAGUAACAAGGGACUCCAAUCACAUCUAGAUUCACUAAGAAACGGUCAGAGGGAAGGUCUAAGUUUGACUCCAGAGCAACUACGGAUCAUCAAUCACUUUCUGCUCCCUACAGAUGUCAUCAAGAUAAUUGCCUUUGCAGGAACUGGGAAGACUACAACGCUCAUCCAGUUUGCUCAGAUGAGACCACGUCUUAGCUUUCUCUACAUUGCAUUCAACAAAACGGUGCAACAGCAAGCAGUGGACAAGUUUCCACAGAAUGUAGAAUGUAGGACUCUCCAUUCUCUUGCCUAUAAGGCAGUUGGCUACAGGUACCGGAACAAGUUGAGUAGCAUGCUGAAGCCUUUCUUCAUCACUUCGCUCCUGCCUAAAAAGGCUAAGAUCAAAAAGCAGAGAAGAGGAGGAGGAGAAGAAGAGAAGGCGAUGCAUCAUAUGACCCUGGCCAAACAUGUCUGUACGACGAUCAAUCACUUCUUGUCUUCAGAUGAUGGAUACAUCACCACUGCUCAUGUCCCUGCGAUAGACACGUCCCGUGUACCUCGACAGGCGUUAGAUCACACUGUCAGAAUGGAUAUUGCUAAGGCAGCCGAAAGUGUCUUUCAGGCUCUCUGUGAUGUGAACAACAAAGAAACCAAGAUAACACACGAUGUGUACAUGAAGUUAUAUGAGCUCCAACACCCACAGUUCGAAGGCUAUGAUUGUCUGCUUAUUGAUGAAGCACAAGAUCUCACACUAGCUCAGCAGAGUAUCCUGCUUACUCAGAAGUGCGCUAAGAUUCUGGUUGGUGAUCCUCAUCAGCAGAUCUAUAGCUAAGGUGCUACCAAUGCCAUGGCCCGGGUACAGGCGACCAGAAUGUACCAUCUCACACAGUCGUUCAGGUUUGGACCUCAGAUUGCCUAUGUUGCUAACUGUCUUCUAGAGGUCCUGAAGCAACAAACCAAGAGUACCAUCAUUGGUGCAGGACCUCAAGGUCAAAUUUGUGGAGGUCGUGUAGGCCAGCUGGCUACCAUAUGUCGCAGCAAUGCAACUGUCUUCUCAGAGGCAGUCAAGAUGGUCACCAAUGAUGAAAAUGUCAAGAUCCAGUUCUCUGGUGGCUAUGAGGGCUAUGGCUUUGACAAGAUCCUGGACCUGUACUACCUGAGUUUACCACCAGGUCAAAGAGGCAGCUACAGGAUUAAGGACAAGUUCAUCUCUCGUUUUGAGUCCAUGAACACCGUUCAGUCCUACGCCAAGAUGGUUGAUGACAUGGAACUUCAAUCCCGCAUGAAAAUUGUCUUUCAAUAUCACUCGCGGAUACCGAUGCUGGUCCAGAAGAUCAAGAAAUCAUCGGUUCGUUUCGAUGGAGCCUACCUUCUGACAACUGCCCAUAAAGCUAAGGGUCUUGAGUACGACACUGUGAGAAUCACUGAUGACUUCUUAAGUGAUCCUCUUGAACAACAGACUGUUGGCACUCAGUCUCUGGAAGAUGAGAAGAACAUUCUCUAUGUGGCUGUGACCAGGGCUAAGAAGAGUCUUCAACUCAACAGAGCUAUCAAGAAUUAUCUGAGCAAGGUUGAGGUGAAAUUUGAGUACCCAGUGCUGGCUAAGAAGCUGAAAAAAGAAAAAGGACCCCAAAGAUGCCAAGAAUGUGGAAAAGUCCAAGAUGAUGACAACCAGCUCCUCCUACAAGAAAGGAAACACAUCAAGCUGACGAAUUCUAUUCGAGACACGUCUGUUGAGGGAGGGAUCGUCUGUCAUAAUUGUGUAGAGGCACCAGGAUUUGAGGAGCUGUAUGGGAAGCCCCCUCCGACAGAAGAGGAAUUACGCGCGAUGGAGCGUGCCGAGCUGGCUGCGCAGAACCCUGGAAUAUUUGUGAAUGUUUGAAGCUGCUGAACCGUUACUACGGGACAUUGCAGUAACAGGAAACAUGAACUCUUCGAUUCAAUCCAGAUUUGUUGAUGGAGAUUACGAAUGAAAUGUAGAAUGCUGCUUUUGACUUUGAUAAUGAACUUGUUGCUAGUCCAAAAUUAUGCACAGUUGAUGUUUAUCGAAGCUACCUUGCCAUAAGACACCAUUUUUUGUGCAAGACAUAAUCUAUACUGCCUUGAGAUUUAUCUGCCAAAUAACUACCAGAUAGUGUAGAUAAAAUGCAAUAUUAUUUAUUACAAGAAGAGAGUAGGUUUUUUUGUUGUCAAUCAUUCCUUACCAUUACGAACCCUUUGCGGUGUGUAGCCAUAAGGCAUUUUUAAAAAGCUGUUCUUUUGCCCUUUGCGACCGACCCAAACAUCUUAAAAUUUGCGGUCAGCUAUUUAUUUUAAUUAUUUUUUUAAACUGUUUUUUAGAAGAAAACAAUGUUUAAAGGUAAAGACCAGUUUGAGAAACGCCCCCUUCUCAAAAAAAUGAAA